GUCCAAACGCCUUAUUCCUGGAUUUUCAUGUUACGGGUUGGAGAGAUAGAAUUGAACCCUGUCUUCCACUCUUCUAGUGGGCUAUUAUUGAAUUGGGCCCAACAGAAUCCGACGUCUAAAGAAACGAAUCCAGGGUUUUGGCGUUGCACGGAGGGAAGCGUAAAACCCUUUUCACUUUCAUCUCUUUCGUAUUUCCUUAAUUUCUAUAACAAAAUUUGAUUUCAGAAGUAGCCAUGAAUCGAGCAAGGACAAUACUCGUAUCUCUUAGACUUUCCAAUUUUCUUCUGUCAACUCGGAUUUCAACAACUCGGCCAUUCUUAACUCAGGUGACUCACUUCUUUCCAUGUUUUCUCUCACGAGAACACUCUUAUACUUCUGAUUAUGUCAAUAUCCAUAAAAAGCUUUACUCCUCUUCAAAACCAAGCUCCCUUGUAGAACUCUUGUCGGUCAAUGAUUGGUCACCUGAGUUAGAGACCCAGUUAGAAAACUCCAGCCCCCUAUUGACCCAUGAGACAGUUAUUUAUGUUUUAAAGAAGCUGGAUAAAGACCCACAUAAAGCUUGGGACUUCUUUAAUUGGGUUUGUGAUAGAAAUGGAUUUAAACCCAGUUCUCCUUUAUAUAGUUUAAUGCUUAGAAUUUUGGUUAAAAAGGAUUCCAUGAAGAAUUUUUGGAUUACUUUAAGGAAAAUGAAAGAACAAGGGUUUUAUACUGAUGAAGAAACUUAUUUGACUAUCUUAGGUGUUUUUAGAAAAGAGAGGAUGGACAGUGAUGCUGUGGCUUUUAAACAUUUUUUUGAUAGGAUGGUUGAAGAGAAUGCUAUGGAUAGUGUUGUAAAGAAUGUAGUUAGUGUGGUUUCAGCAACGGAGUGGAGCAAUGAGGUUGAGAAAGAAUUGGAGGGUAUGGGAAUCCUGUUAACUGAUAAUUUUGUGAUUAGGGUGUUAAAGGAGCUUAGGAAUUAUCCUUUGAAAGCCUUGCAAUUUUUUAAUUGGGCUGGUAAAUGUGAGCGUUAUGAAUGUAAUACUAUUACAUAUAAUGCAAUUGCAAGAGUUCUUGGUAGGGAUGAUUCAAUUGGAGAGUUUUGGAAUGUUGUCGAGGAGAUGAAGAAUGCUGGUCAUGAGAUGGAUAUUGACACUUAUAUAAAGAUUUCAAGGCAGUUUCAGAAAAAUAAGUUGAUGGGGGACGCAGUCAAGCUUUAUGAGUUUAUGAUGGAUGGCCCAUUUAAGCCUUCGGUUCAAGAUUGCAGCAUGCUUUUGCGGAGCAUCUCAGCAAGCAAUUACCCAGAUUUGAAUUUGGUUUUUAGAGUUGUAAACAAAUAUGAGGCCACAGGGAAUUCCCUUUCUAAAGCUGUUUACGAUGGGAUUCAUAGGUCUUUGACAAGCAUAGGGAACUUUGAUGAAGCAGCAAAAAUGAUGAAGUGUAUGCAAACUGCAGGAUAUGAGCCUGACAACAUCACAUACAGUCAAUUGGUAUUUGGACUUUGUAAAGCAAGGAGAUUGGAAGAAGCUUGUGAGGUUCUGGAUGAAAUGGAAGCACAUGGAUGUCUUCCAGAUAUCAAGACUUGGACCAUUUUGAUUCAAGGGCAUUGUGUUGCUAAUGAAGUAGGGAAGGCAUUAAUGUGUCUUGCCAAGAUGAUGGAGAAACACUGUGAUCCUGAUGCUGAUUUGUUAGCUGUGUUAAUAAAUGCUUUCCUCAGUCAAAAGAGGAUAGAUGGUGCAUACACAUUGUUUAUGGACAUGGUAGACAAGGCUCGUUUAAGACCUUGGCAAGCUACAUACAAACUUCUUAUUGAAAAGCUUCUAGAAGUAAGAAAACUUGAAGAAGCACUGAACCUUCUUCGGUUAAUGAAGCAACACAACCACCCUCCUUUUCCUGAACCAUUUGUUCAAUAUAUCUCUAGGUUUGGGACAGUAGAUGACGCGGCAGAUUUCUUGAAAGCAUUGAGUGUAAAGGAAUAUCCAUCAACUUCAGCUUACCUUAAUGUCUUCCAAUCCUUCUUUAGGGCAGGUAGACAUUCCGAGGCCAAAGAUCUAUUAUUUAAGUGCCCGCAUCAUAUUCGGAAACAUCCUAAAAUCAGUGAACUUUUUGGUUCUGCAAAAACUGAAGAUGCCACUGCUUGAUCUUCUAUUUCUUAUUUCAAUGGAGGCAUUCAGUUAUGUUCCAAUUUUCUGCUUGCCUAGAAGUUAUUUAACCUGUUCCUAUUUCGAUUCACUUGUCUAUACAGCAUUGGCCAAAUAUAACUGGGGUAUCAAUGCGAAUUUUCAUUUGCCUACUUAUUGGGAAGCAGUUGUCCUGGCUAGCAAGCGUUGCAAGGACAUCAAUGGUUUUAAUACACGAGUUGAUUUAUUUGAGCAAAAGUUUUCCAUGGAGCAAAUAAUCUCCUUCCAAAGGCUGUGGUUCUUGUACAUGCCAAGCUUUUAUUAAAAUACUGAUUAUUGCUUAUUAUCUACCCUCUUGUACUAAAAUCUAAAUUCUUCAUCCUUUUGCAUUGCUACAUUAUAGUCACAUCCUUGUGCAUCAGAGUUUUCCUCUCAAACUCUGGAGCACUUUCCCCUGGCCAUGUCACCAUGGCGUUUAAUUAAGAAUAAAAUAAAUAAAUGCACUACACUUUACCAAAUAUGUAA